AUGGAACAACACAUCGACCGACAAAAUCGGCUUAGCAUUUGUCCAUAUUUCAAUACCAUCUCCGUCACAAUUUGGGAGCCAGUCGCUGUCCCCUUUCAGAACUCCCAGCCUCUACCUACUCUACCUACAAUAGAUGAAAUCCGCGCUUGCACCAAUGUUCUGUGGGAGACCAGGGCCUCCAAGAUUGUGGCUGUGAACGACGACAUCGUUGUAAAGUAUGGCGGUUGCAUAGACGUCUGGGAAGGCCAAUCUUUGGUUUACCUUGAACGGUAUGUCCCAGAGGUUCCAGCUCCUCGACUGUACGCCAUGUACUAUGAUUCCGAACAACUUUUCUUGGUCAUGCAGCGCGCUCCCGGGGUGCAGCUGAAUUCCAUUUGGCCAUCAUUGGCGCAGUCUGAGAAGGACGACAUUAUCGCCCAACUCCAAGUAAUAUUUAACGCAAUGCGAAAGGCCGAGUGUCCAUGGCCCGACUUUUUCGGAGGCCUGGACGGGGGCGGCGUUUAUCACUACCUGUUCUAUAGCCAACAUGGCGAUGAGAAAUUUCUAGGGCCUUUCUCCAGCGAACCUGCCUUCGUUGCGGGCCUUGUCGGCAAUUAUAGAGCCCUGGUAGAGCGUAAUAACCUGCCAGGCUACAAGGCUCGCUUUUACGAAAAAUACCUCUCUCGCGUCCUUCAAGGUCACCGACCCACACUGACGCAUGGGGACAUUCAGCAGAAGAACAUUGUCGCCUAA